CAUGUCGUUCUCGCAAUGAUGCUCCGGGUAAUGCAUCUAUUGGUGAAGUGAUGGCUAAGCUUCACACCAUGGAUGAAAUCUCAAAUGAUCUUUAUUUGCAUGCGCAGUGUUGCAACUUGCUGAUGUUUAAGCCUGCAAGGGAGAUUUUUAUUUCCCUACGAGGUUCAGAGGAGAAAAGGUUGGAUUGGCUUAAGCAUACAAUUGAUAACCCAUUGCCAUUCAUGACUAUGUAAUUUGGAACCUGUGUGACUAGGAUGUAAUGGGAAUUAAGCUAGGAAGUACUAUGAAUUAAGAAGUAAUCUACGAAGUACUAGUAACUAUGAAGUACUCUUAUGUUUAAUCUUUAAUGUUGUAAUGUUCUGUUGUCUUUAAAUUAAGAAGUAAUCUAGGAAGUACCGGUAACUUUGAAGUAUUGUUAUGUUUUUCCUUUCAAUUAGGAAGUAAUCUAAGAAGUGGUAGUAACUAUGAAGUACUCUUAUGAAGUACCAGUAACUUAUGUAAUAUUUCUAUCCCUUAAUGAAGACUUAUGUUGUGUGAUAAUUAUGCUUGUAUUUUUGGUUCACUUAUGUUGUUUUUUUGCUUCAGUUUUAACUGCUAUUUUGGUUCUGAUUUGCUGGUUUUCUUGUUCAGUUUUUACCACCCUUUUAGAUUGUGUGAAAAUAUUAUCCUGAUCAUAGUUAUUUGCAAUGUUGUUAUGAUUUCUGCACUAUAUUCUGCACAUGAUUUCUACACUAUAUUUGUUUUAGAUUGCAGUUAACUUGUGGGUUGCACUUGGUAGUUUGCUGCAAAAUGCACAGAUAUACACAAUAAAGAAAACUAACAUAUGGGUUGCACUAGGUAGUUUUCUGCAAAAUGCAAUACAUAAGAUUUACUUUGCUGGUAAACUUAUUUACAUUGCUAGUACCUUCUGAAUGUACACAAUAAAGACACAUAUGUCAAAUAAGAUGCAAAAACAAUGCAGACAAGUAUAUAUAUGUAAUCCGAGUAAAAAUACAGUAUAUGGCUGACAUGUAAUUAAUUUCUUCUACAAAGCUAAUGCACUAUAUUUGUCUAUAAUUCAAAUGCCAUGAUUUCUGAUUGUUCUGAUUAUUGUUAUGUUUCUUAUGAUUUCUUAUGUUUAAUAUCAUGUUUUAGAUUGUGUGACAUUCAAGAUAGCUCCUGAUAUAAUAAAUUAAUUUUUUUUUUGUUUUUCUUACUAAUUGUUUACCUUUGACAGUAGCCAAAUCUCAUUGCAAAAUGGACUAUUGUGAUGAAGAAUCAAAUGAAGACGAUGAUUUUUUUGAACAAGCUUCUUUAGUGGCUGCACUAAUGGGUGAGUAUGCUACGAAACAUUUAUGUAAAGAGCCAUGUAGAACUAGUGAGCUAAUAGGGCAUGCAUGGGUGAAAGAAGUAUUGCAAGGAAAUCCCACUCGUUGUUAUAAGAUGUUUCGAAUGGAAAAAUAUAUUUUUCAUAAACUUUGCACUAAAUUAGUUGAUCAUGGUUUAAAUCCCACUAAUCACAUAGGGGUAGAAGAGAUGGUUGCAAUGUUCUUACUUGUUGUUGGACAUGGAGUGGGUAAUAGAAUGAUUCAAGAAAGGUUCCAACACUCAGGAGAAACUGUGAGUAGACGUUUUCAUGAUGUGUUAGUUGCUUGCUUGAGUUUGUCCAUCGAAUAUAUAAAGCCUCAAGAUCCUUUGUUCCGUGAUAGUCAUGCAAAAAUUCAAAGUGAUCCACAGUAUUGGCCAUUUUUUAAGAAUGCCAUAGGAGCAAUCGAUGGUACGCAUAUUCCCUGUGUGGUUAGUGCCAAUGACCAAACUAGAUUUAUUGGACAAAAGGGAUAUCCGACACAAAAUGUAAUGGCUGUAUGUGAUUGGAACAUGUGCUUUACUUUUGUUUUAGCUGGAUGGGAAGGUACUGCCCAUGAUGCUCGUGUUUUUGACCAUGCUCUCACAAAUGCAAAUCUAAAUUUUCCACAUCCUCCUCCAGGUAUGUAUUAUUUGGUGGAUGCCGGUUAUCCAACACCGAUGGGAUAUCUUGGUCCAUACAAAUGUGAACGUUUAUCACCUCCCUGAUUUUCGGCGUUCUCAUGGGUUUGAAAAUAACAACGAGGUAUUCAAUUAUUAUCACUCAAGUUUAAGGUGCACAAUAGAAAGAACUUUUGGUGUAUGGAAGAAUAGAUUUGCAAUUCUACGACGCAUGCCUAAAUUCACAAUUAAGACACAAGUUGAAGUCGUUGUUGCAACAAUGGCUAUACAUAACUUUAUUAGAAGGAAUGCUGAUAUGGACGUCGAUUUCAAUCGGUAUGAGGAUGAAGACAUAACCCUUGAUCAUGAUGAUUAUCGUAGACCAGUUAAUUUGGAUUUAUCUCAAAAUUUAAAUAUAGCUUCCUCAUCUGAGAUGAAUCAUGUUCGAAACUCGGUUCGAGAUCAAAUUAUAGAGUUCAACAAAAAUCAUUAGUAUUGUAGUAAUGUUUAAUUUUAAAGACCAUCAGAGA